AUGGUUUCUGCGUCCAAGGCUGCCCGUCAGGCCAAGCGUGCCGCCGAAGGUGGCGAGAAGAAGACUUCGAAGCUGGCCGCGAAGAAGGCUGCCCAGAACCCCGAACUCAAUGAGGCCGACGGCAACCCUCUUCCAGGUGAUGAGGCUGCCACGUCGUCCGACAAGAUGAAGGCCGUCGACAAGUUGGCAUCGCAGGUGGACAAGUUUGGUCUGUCCGAUCGUGUCACCACCGGUGUCCUGUCCUCCAUGCCGUCGUCCCGCGAUAUCAAGAUCACCUCUUCCUCCUUGGUGUUCCACGGAAAAGUGCUCUUCAACGACUCUACACUCGAGCUGAACUAUGGCCGUCGCUACGGUCUGCUGGGUGAGAACGGUUGCGGAAAGUCCACCCUGCUGAAGGCCAUUGACAAGCGCGAAUUCCCCAUCCCCGAGCACAUCGACAUCUACCUUCUCAACGAGGGUGCGCCACCCAGUGACCUCGGUGCAUUGGAUUGGGUUGUGAAGGAGGCUGAGAACGAGAUGGAGCGUCUGGACAAGUUGGCUGAAGAGAUUCUGGAACGGGAUGGUCCCGAGUCCCCCGUUCUGGAGGACCUGUACGAGCGUAUGGAAACCAUGGACCCCUCGACCUUCCACACCCGUGCAUCCCUUAUCUUGACUGGUCUCGGUUUCAACAAGACCACCAUCACCAAGAAGACCAAGGACAUGUCUGGUGGUUGGCGAAUGCGUGUUGCCCUCGGUAAGGCUUUGUUCGUCAAGCCCUCUCUGCUGCUGCUCGACGACCCCACCGCCCAUUUGGACCUGGAGGCAUGCGUGUGGCUUGAGGAGUACCUGAAGAAGUGGGAUCGCACCCUGGUCCUGGUGUCUCACUCCAUGGACUUCCUCAACGGUGUCUGUACCAACAUGAUCGAUAUGCGUCAGCAGAAGCUGCUGUACUACGGUGGUAACUACGACUCUUACCACAAGACCCGCUCCGAGCAGGAGACGAACCAGAUGAAGGCCUACGCCAAGCAGCAGGAGGAAAUUGCCCACAUCAAGAAGUUCAUCGCCUCCGCCGGUACUUACGCCAACUUGGUCCGACAGGCCAAGUCCCGUCAAAAGAUCCUGGACAAGAUGGAGGCCGACGGUUUCAUCCAGCCCGUCAUCCCAGACAGAGUCUUCACCUUCCGUUUCGCCGAUGUCGAGAAGCUGCCGCCCCCCGUCCUCUCGUUCGACGACGUUACCUUCUCUUAUUCCGGUAAGAUGGAGGACACCUUGUACGAGCACCUCGACUUCGGUGUCGACAUGGACUCCCGAACUGCUCUUGUCGGUCCCAACGGUGUUGGCAAGUCCACCCUGCUGCGUCUGAUGACCGGAAAGCUGAGCCCUAUCAGUGGUCGUGUCCAACGUCACACCCACUUGAAGCUGGGUAUGUACAGUCAGCACUCCGCCGAGCAGCUAGACUUGACCAAGUCCGCUCUCGAGUUCGUCCGUGACAAGUUCCCCGAGAAGAGUCAGGACUUCCAGUACUGGCGUCAGCAGCUUGGUCGGUACGGUCUGACCGGUGAAGCUCAGACUGCACUGAUGGGCACUCUGUCCGAGGGUCAGAAGAGUCGUAUUGUCUUCGCCCUGCUGGCCAUCGAGUCUCCAAACAUGCUGCUUCUGGACGAGCCUACCAACGGUCUCGAUAUUCCUACCAUUGACAGUCUGGCGGAUGCUAUCAACGCGUUCAACGGAGGUGUCGUCGUUGUCUCUCACGACUUCAGACUUCUCGACAAGAUUGCUAAGGACAUCAUGGUCUGUGAGAACAAGACUAUUCGCCGCUGGGAUGGCAGUAUCGGAGAGUACAAGAACUACCUCCGCAAGAAGAUGAUCAACCAGGGCCAGGUCUAA